AUGAACUCGUCGGCCGAUAGUCAAAACGGGACGGCCGGAAAUCGGUCGUCGUCGCCUUUCCCCGAGUGGAGCGGCGGCAGCGGUGGUAACUGGUCAGUAGUGUUCUGUCCGGUGUUCGAAGGCGACGGGACGGACGAGGACGACUACAACCUGUUGUUCGAGUUCAUCACGUACGGCGUGCUGCUGAACGUGAUCGGCUUGUUCGGCAUACUGGGCAACGUGAUAUCCAUGGUGAUCCUGUCCCGGCCGCAGAUGAAGUCGUCUAUCAACUACCUGCUGAUCGGCCUGGCCCGGUGUGACACCGUGCUGAUCGUCACGUCCAUUCUGCUGUUCGGGCUGCCCGUCGUCUACCCGGCCACCGGACACCUGUUCAACUACUACUUCAAGGUGUACCCGCUGAUCGCGCCCGUCGUCUACCCCAUAGCGAUGGUCUCGCAGACCGUGUCCGUGUACCUGACGCUCACCGUCACCCUAGAGCGGUUCGUGGCCGUCUGCCACCCGCUCCGCGCCCGGUCCCUGUGCACGUACGGCCGGGCCCGGGCCUACGUAGUGGCCACCAUCGCGUUCGCCGUCCUCUACAACGUCACCCGGUUCCUGGAGGUGCGAGUCCAGAAAUGCAUGCACACCGGUUACAACCAGUACGUAUACCAGGUAUACCCCAGCGACCUGCGCAACGACCGCGACUACAUAUCCGUUUACAUACAUUGGAUGUACCUGCUCAUCAUGUACUUCAUACCGUUCGGGUCGCUGGCCGUGCUCAACGCCGCCAUUUACCGCCAGGUGAGGAGGGCCAACCGAGAACGGCAGCGGCUGUCGCGGCUGCAGAAGAAGGAGAUCGGGCUGGCCACCAUGCUGCUGUGCGUGGUGGUCGUGUUCCUGCUGUGCAACGUGUGGGCGCUCAUAUCGAACGUCGUGGAAGCGUUCUACGGCAUCACAGUUGACCAGCUGGUCAAGGUCAGCAACCUGCUGGUGACGAUCAACUCGUCCGUCAACUUCGUCAUCUACGUGAUAUUCGGCGAGAAGUUCAAGCGGCUGUUCUUCAAGCUGUUCUUUCCGCGGGGCGUGUGGAUGUGCGGCUGGCACUUCGCCACCGACGGCCGCGGAGGCCCGGGCGGUGGCGGCGGUGGAGGUGGCCACGCGGCCAUGGAUGACAGCGAGGCCACGUGCAACGGGGCGACGGCGUUCGAGUGCAGGCAAUUGGCCUCCGCGGCGGGUGGUUCCUCGUUGUCCGCGGACCACUUCAAGCGCUCUCACCGUGGCCGUCACCAUCACCAGCACCACCAUUACCAUCAUCACCACCAUCACCACAGCAACCGGGACGGCGACCGUCUGGACCACCAGCAGGAGACGGCGGCUAACGGCGGCGGCAGCGUCGGCGGAUGUGGUAACGGUAGUAACGGUGCAUCCGACGACCGAGAACUCUGCUCGAAGACUCCAACCAACAGUGGUCUGAUUUGGGAACACUCGACCACUACCACCACGACCACCGUAAACGUACAUCAGAUCUGA